GGCGACGGGGGGGACGAGACCGACUUGGAAGGGCGGCCCCCGGCCUAGCGCGGCGCCCCACCCGCCACCCCCAGGCGCCUCGCCCGCGGAGAAUGUCGGAGCAGCCCGACGCGGACAAGAUGAUCAAGGAGACUUCUAUUUUAGAAGAAUACCACAUUAACUGGACUCAGAAGCUAGGAGCUGGAAUCAGCGGUCCAGUAAGAGUUUGUAUGAAAAAAUCAUCUCAAGAACGGUUUGCGCUGAAAAUCCUUCUCGAUCGCCCCAAAGCUAGGAACGAGGUCCGGCUGCACAUGAUGUGCGUGACACACCCCAAUAUCGUUCAGAUUAUUGAAGUCUACGCAAACAGUGUGCAGUUUCCGCACGAGUCCAGUCCAAGGGCCCGGCUCCUCAUUGUAAUGGAGAUGAUGGAAGGGGGAGAACUCUUUCACAGAAUCAGCCAACAUCGGCACUUUACUGAGAAGCAAGCCAGCCAAGUAACAAAGCAGAUCGCGCUGGCUUUGCAGCACUGUCACUCUUUAAACAUUGCACAUCGAGACCUGAAGCCCGAGAACCUUCUUUUCAAGGAUAACUCUCUGGAUGCCCCAGUGAAGCUGUGCGACUUUGGAUUUGCCAAGGUGGACCAGGGUGACCUGAUGACGCCGCAGUUCACUCCUUAUUACGUCGCACCUCAGGUACUAGAGGCACAGAGGAGGCAUCAGAAGGAGAAAUCCGGUAUCAUCCCUACCUCACCAACCCCCUACACUUACAAUAAGAGCUGUGACCUGUGGUCCCUGGGCGUCAUCAUUUACGUGAUGCUGUGUGGCUACCCGCCUUUUUACUCCAAGCACCACAGCCGGACGAUCCCCAAGGACAUGCGGAAGAAGAUCAUGACGGGGAGCUUUGAGUUCCCGGAGGAGGAGUGGAGCCAGAUCUCUGAAAUGGCAAAAGAUAUUGUGCGCAAGCUGCUGAAGGUGAAGCCAGAAGAAAGACUGACCAUAGAAGGUGUCUUGGAUCACCCUUGGCUGAACUCCACAGAGGCACUCGAUAACAUUUUACCUUCGGCCCAGUUAAUGAUGGACAAGGCAAUGGUUGCCGGCAUUCAGCAGGCCCACGCGGAGCAACUGGCGAACAUGCGAAUCCAGGAUCUCAAAGUCAGCCUGAAGCCCCUCCAUUCUGUCAACAACCCCAUCCUGCGCAAAAGGAAACUACUGGGGACAAAACCAAAGGACAGUGUGUAUAUUCAUGAUCCCGAGAACAGCAGUGAGGAUUCGAACGUGGCUCUGGAAAAGCUGCGGGACGUCAUUGCCCAGUGCAUUCUGCCACAGGCUGGCGAGAAUGAAGACGAGAAGCUGAAUGAAGUGAUGCAGGAAGCCUGGAAAUACAACCGGGAGUGUAAAUUGCUACGAGACACCCUUCAGACCUUUAGCUGGAACGGCCGAGGAUUCACGGACAAAGUGGACCGGCUAAAGCUGGCAGAAGUCGUGAAACAAGUCAUUGAGGAGCAGACGAAUUCCCAAGACUUGCAGUAGCUGGGACUAUUUGUUCGUUCAAGUCAGAAACAAACAAAAAAACACCCCCCUUUUUUUUAACCAUGCGAGAGUUAUCCCUUAAACUGUAAAAAGUAUUUUUAUGUAAAUUAAUAAAUCAUAAUUAUUUCAUUAAAUUUCCACACAGCUUGAAAAACAACAACAAAUGCUGUAUAGAUGUAGAUAACAAGAAUCAUUGGUACUGUAAUAUUUUUUUAAGAACUCCGUUCCUCCAAAAAAUAUAUAUAUAUAUUAUAUAAUUUUUAUGUACCACUUAAUUAAUGACUCAGUUAAACUGGGCAGUUAUUGUGUCCUCUCCAAUAACCAGAUACGGUAGUCCUGCUCCAGCUGCCUGCAUCAAAUGGUUAGCGGCCUAUAUCAAUGAGCUUUAUUCUCUUUCUGUCCUUUGCAUUCAGCUCAGUCAAUUACUUGAAGUAAGCUCUGAGGGAUAUGAACAGCAUGAUUGUCCUUCCUCGCUUUCUUCCAUUGCAACCACUUUGAAUGGCCGGAAUAGCCUGCCUCGGUGGCUUGACCCAAGGACCCUGUUGCAGACAAUACAGAGAUGCGCUCCGAGGUCUUGGUUUCAAGAGGUUUGCCCUGCCCGCCCCCGCUUUCUUCCGGCUUCCCACUGCGAAGCCAGUAAAAGACAGGUGUCUGUCCUCUGAUCGGGAAACGGUGUUGUUGGUUUUUUAAAUUCAGUUUAAAGAUCUGUACAUAUUGCUAGUUUUCUAUCUUAAAACAUUUUGCUUUUUGAGGCUGGGCUGGUGGCGGUUUUUAUAGCAUUGUUUUGGUACAGAGACUUGUGCCGUUUUAGUGUCCGAAGCGCUGGUUCACGGCUGCUCAAAGUUGCCGACUUUUGAAGGAUCCGGUCUUUCGGAACUUGCUCUCAUUUACACUUGAUUUCCUGAGCCAUAUCACCUCAUCCUGCACCAUUGCUAUCGUCGUCUGUCUUCUUGUUCCCUGAAACAUCCCUGUGUGAGCUUCAUCCUCAGCGGUCAGUAGCUGUUUCUCUGGUACCUUCCGUGAGCUAGAAUGCUUAGCCCAGAUGCUCUUUCUUUGCAUCGCUGCCUUUUUCUUGGUCCUUUCCAGCAGUUCUCAAAGAGUAGCAUUAAACUGCCUCAUCCGUGCUUAACUUUCAAAGUUUGUGACCUACACUUUUGGCGUAGCUCUUUGGGGUUGACUAGGAAGUUUGAAAAGCUGCACCAGCAGGACUGGAGGAAGUCACCAGGCCAAUGCAAGGUCCUGGCACAUCAGCUUGGUAGAGGCCAUCAAGUAGGUUGCCGCAUCUGUGCAUAGUUGAUAUAGGACGGCCUAGGUACUGACUCUGUGUGGGACGCUGUUUGGCUUGCCAUGCGUGGAUAGUAAGAGAGCACACCUGAGUCACUUGGAAAUAAGGUAUUCUCUGGACAGGACUGCAAGCUAAACACCCCAGUUGAGAAAACUUAAGCAUUCUAAGUCUUGCCCCUUGCAAGAAGUACUUUAAGCACCGGUGUCCAUGAGCGAUAAGAGGGCUCCUCCACUCAGAAGAACAUUGCUGAAGUAGAAAGAUGGUUUUCAGAAGUCCCAAGCAAAGUGGAUCUCGCCAGCAGUCUGUCAAUAAUUAUCCAAUGGUGCGUGUUCCAUCUCCAGCCCAAGUGGAAGAUUCUGCUUCAAGUGCCCUCUCCUUGAAUGGAGAUAAGCAUCUUUUGAUCCAGUACAUGACCAGGAAUUGGCAUUCCCUGCCUUUCUGCCCCCCUUGUGAAGCUGGCAUCCACAGUCUUGGGGGAGUUUUAAAGAACGGCCACUUGAAACCACAGCUCUUUGAUUCCUCUUCCAGUGAUUCGUUUGUGGCAAACCGCAGCAAUGGGGUUUGCCUUGCCCUUCCAGGAGAAGCGCUGAGGCCGGCUACCUAUGUGUCGGCAGGCAUGCAGAGAGUUAGUGAAAUAAACCCUGUCCCGAGGCUGUGCUUAAGCGACAGUGUCCUUCAUGUCUAAUUAACCGGCUGAGCCAAAGCAAAAACUGCUUUUGCCGCUCGGUUUAUCGAGUUGGCAUCUAGGCAAGUCCUCUUGGCCCGUGGAGGGAAAACAGAUGAGGUGAAGAUUGGUAUGCCAAUGGGAGGUUGAAGGUCAAAUGCAGUGCCUCUUCUAUUACAGAGAAUUGGUCUCCUUUCCCAUUUGCCCCACCCCAAUAUUAAGUUAUGUGUGUCGAUCAAACCUUUUUUACGGGGUCAUUGCCUCCCUAGCUUCUUUGUUUCCUCCGUUAAAUGGCUGAAGACAUUUUUGACUGUUCUGUUUUUUGUGUCUGUUGCAUAUUCCACUGAUGGUACAAGUUGAGUGUCUACAAGAGAAGUCUUGGAACGGAGGAGUCCUCUUCCUCCGGAAAACCUCAGGGGCCCAAACCAUAGCUGUGCGUAUGCAAGCAUGAAUCUUCUGCAUGCCUGGGCUCUGCUGCUCACUUCAGAGAAAGGCCCGCAUAGAUUUGCUAUCAUUGGGGAAGAAAUUCAGGGGAGCCUCUGCAGGGAGGGGCACUCUGCCGAAGCACGGCAUUUAUGUUGGGUAGAAGGCAGAAAUCGACUAGCUGCAUAUGCCAGUUCAGACUUUUCUUGACUAGGGGAUGCUUUUGGAAUGAUUCCUUUGCAAUUAUUAUACCUGUGGGAAAUGCUGACAAAUUCUCUUCAUCAAUUAAUAAUAAUAAUAAACAACUUUGUAAGCUGUCCCAUAACAAAUUGUUCUCUGCGCAGCUCACAACACAGCAUUAAAACAUCCAAGUUAAAACCCAUAUUUAUUAUUAUUUAUCAAAUUUCCACCCCGCCCAAACUUACGUCUUUGAACGAUAUGAAAUUGGAACACCGCCAAAAAAUAUAUAUACAAAAUAUAAACAUACAAAACAAUUAAACUUCUUUAAAGUCAGUUAUUCAUCAAGAGCAGAUAACUUGGGAAGCUCCUAGAUUAAUAGCUUCUGUCAGGUGUGGACUAUCCUGAAAUGCAAUUGUCAUUUCCUGUGCAGUGUUUCUCAUAUUUAUUUUCCCUGUCAAAUCUUUCUGCUAGCGCACCUUUUGGAGAAAACAGCCCAGUCCGUGAAUGGCCAUUUCCAUGAAGUUGACUUAGUCUGGAAUACAGCUGGUGGUUUGUUUAGAAAGAAACACAAGAACUGGUCCAGGAAAGGGAAACUUUAUUGAGAUGAUGGAUGGCAGUGUGGAUGUAUGUUCUUCACAUUCAGCAUCUAUGUUCUUUGGCAUUUUGAUCAUCCUACAUCCAAGGUUUGGGUCUCCAGUCUACUUUAAUAGGUUUCUCCCACUUCCUGUGUGUCCUGCUGUACCACAAUUUUUUUUGAAUCAGUAUUAUAGUGUAAAUAUACAUUGAUGUACAUAAAUAAUUUUACUAAAACUUAA